AAUAAAGCCAGAUGAAACUGUGGAUCUGAUGGUUGGUACCAAAAUCCUACAGUCAGAAUUGAAACAAAUCAUCUCGCAGAAACAGUACAAAUGUGUUCUUGUGAAAGAAGUUGAAAAUUAUAUAAGAAAACUUUAAGACCUCUGCACUGACAGUGAAGGAGUAGAAAUAUUAUGAACACUAUAAAGGGGUUAAAUCUGGGUAAUGAAAAUUGAUGAUGAAAAUCUCAAAACUGGAUGGUUUUGGUGUAUUUGAUAUUGAAUUAAAAGAACUAGAGCACUGUGUAUCAGCCUAAUGAAACUAAUUGAAAAUUGAUCUACAAGCAUGGUGGUGGUCUAAUAGAUGAGCUGUGCAGGAUGUGGAAGUUAAUUCUUAUAGCUGUUGUCAUAACUAGCGGCAGAGCUCAAAAUAUUCCAGACAGACAACAGGCUGCUUCAAACUCCACGCAGCGGAAAUCAACAUGGAGAGAUUGUACCUACAUGAUCAUAGCACCUUCCAAGGUUAGAGCCAACAUGGACCUGUCAUUAAGUGUCCAUAUCCUCAACGCCAGUAGUAAUGUCAUGCUUUUAGUGACCCUAUCACAAGGUCAGAAAACUGUGGUCAGUGCUAACAAAGUCUUUCGACAAGGUGCUCCUGAAAUUUUUAAAUUAAAGUUACCAGCUGACCUUCCUAACAGUAUCUAUACUCUAAAAGUCAAGGGCAGUGGAGCAUUAACCUUCAAUCAAUCCACUGAUCUUUCGUACAACAGCAAGGAAGCUUUUUCAGUUUUUAUUCAGAUUAACAAAGCUAUUUUUAAGCCAGAUGAUACAGUGAACUUCAGAGUAUUUGGAAUCUAUCCAGACUUAAAGUCCUAUUCAGGUUCUAUGGAUGUUUCAAUUUAUGAUGCCAACUCUAACAAAAUCAAACAAUGGAACAAAGUGAAUCCCGUAAAUGGUGUCUUCACCCAGAAGCUGGUUCUAUCAGCACAGCCUGUAUUAGGAGACUGGAAGAUUGAAGCCAAAGCUAAUACAACAAGGGCGCAAAAAAUAUUUACAGUUGCAAAAUAUGUUCUUCCUAAAUUCAAAGUGGAAAUAGUAAUGCCCUCAUUUGCUUUGACCAGUGACAAUGACAUCACAGUGACUAUCAAGUCAAGAUACACCUAUGACAAGCCAGUGAAAGGAACAGCUGAUGUUCUGGUCAAACUAAACCAAUUUGAAAACUCCAUGCCAAUUGAUUUUGCUCAGUCUCUACCAGUGACAUCACUACAAAUGUCUAUAAAUGGUGAAGCCAAAGUGACGGUUCCAAAGGAUCUGAUUAAUGCCAAAGACAAAGAUGUUUUGAUUGUGAUUGCCAAUGUGACAGAAUCUUUAACAGGCAACAAAAUGACAGCAAAAAAUACAGUCACUUUUUAUGACCAAGUUGCCCAGUUGGAAUAUCCAGAAAUUAACCCUAAAAGUUUUAAGCCAGGACUUAAAUACUCUGCUUAUCUUCAAAUCACUCAGCCUGAUGGCCUGCCAACAACCUCUAUCACUGAACCAGUAAGGAUUUCUUGGAAAGUUGAAAAAGAGAAAAAACCAUUAGACAGUAUCAGAUUACGCUUACCUAAAAAUGGUAUCGUAAGCUUUUCUGUGAAUGUACCGCUUAAUGCAAGCUCAUUAAUUAUAUCUGCAACAUUUCAAGGAGUAACUAAAGAACUCACAGUGGAACCAAGUUACUCUCCUAGCAGUUCUUACAUGCAACUAGCAUUGAAGACUGCCUCGGUUAUUAGGGCUGGAGACGUUGUGUUUUUUGAAGUGACGAGUACAACACCAAUGACCCAGCUGGUUUACCAAGUCUUAUCCAAAGGUGUCAUUGUGAAAGUUGGUAGUGAAAACGCCACCAGUAAAUUUUCCCACCAGUUCUCUGUAGUAUCAGACUCCAGCAUGGCUCCCAGUGCAAGAAUGGUGAUCUAUUUCUACAGAAGAGAUGGGGAGAUUGUCAUAGACAGCAUCAGUUUUGAUGUUUCUGGGGCUUUUAAAAACAAGGUCUCCUUUGGUUUCAACUCCAAGUCUGUAGAUCCUGGAAAUAAUGUAACAGUGACUGUCAGAGCUGACCCAAACUCUGCUGCCUAUCUUCUGGCUAUUGACCAGAGUGUACUUCUGAUAAGGGGAGAUAAUGAUGUCACUAGUGAUGAUGUGUUCACUGAUCUUAAAAAGUAUGACACAGCUGCUGACUCCGCCGAAUGCUCCACAUGCAAGAGUGGCUUGUGGCCUUCUUGGACCCUUGGUGGCGCUGUUGCCCUUGAGAUCUUCACUAAAGCUGGUGUGGUAGCUCUCACAGAUGCGGUUAUCAUUCAGUCCAAACCUUCAGACGAAAAUGAAGACAGUUGGCUAAUGCGAAAUCCAGGGGCAAUAAUGGUGCCAAUGGUGCCAAAACAGAUACGCCAAGUUUUCACUGAAACGUUUCUCUGGUCAGAUUUAACCAUUGGUGUCAAUGGAUCAGCUUCUAUUACUGCAACAGUACCAGAUACUAUCACAUCCUGGGUGGCCAGUGCCUUUGCUGUCAAUUCAGAGUCUGGUCUUGGUAUAGCUCCUUCUCAGUCUUAUCUCCAAGUAUUCAGACCAUUUUUUGUCAGCCUUAACCUACCAUACUCUGUUAUUCGUGGGGAACAUUUGGUUGUACAAGCAAAUGUUUUUAACUACAUGACUGAAGAUAUGCAGGUGACAGUCACAUUGGCCGCGUCUGACAAGUUCUACAACAUUGAAAUAGAUGCGAAUGGAGCAAAUGGAUUGUUUCAACAAAGUCAAAGUGUAAAAGUUAUCAUGGUUGAGGCUGGCGAGGCUAUAUCUGUUUAUUUCCCAAUAUUCCCACAUGAAUUGGGUAAAAUUGAUAUUGAAGUGAAGGCUCAGUCUACGAGCGCUGCUGAUGCUGUUAGGAGACAACUCUUGGUGGAGGCUGAAGGCAUUCCUAAGACAAAAAAUUACCCUAUACUAAUUGAUCUGACAGAAGGCAGAACAAGUUUCUCACAGACUAUUAAUCUUCCACUCCCUUCCAAUACUGUGAAAGAUUCACAACGCACCAGAUUUUCUGUUGUAGGGGACUUAAUGGGUCCAACAAUUGCUGGAUUAGAUGCCCUUCUACAGAUGCCAACUGGCAGUGGUGAACAAAACAUGGUAAAUCUAGCCCCAAAUAUCUAUGUUGUUAACUAUCUACAAUCUGUGAAUCAGCUUUCUACAGACAUCAAAUCAAAGGCUUUCCAUUUUAUGGAAAAAGGCUAUCAGAGAGAACUGAUGUAUAGACACCCAGAUGGUUCUUUUAGUAACUUUGGUAGCAAUGAUACAUCUGGCAAUAUUUGGUUAACAGCUUUUGUUGUUAAAAUAUUCCAUCAAGCUCAGGGCCAUAUCUAUAUUGAUGAUAAUGUCCUAAUAGAGGCCCUUCAAUGGAUCGUCACACAACAGAACCCUGAUGGCAGCUUCCAAUUACCAUCAAAGGGUCAAGCAGGCUCUAGCGUUGUACUCACUUUGCAUGUCUUAAUUUCACUGUUUGAGAAUGAGGAUGUUCUGGUGGAAGAUAAUAUUGUUGAAGCACGGGGAAAGGCUUUAACUUUUGUUGAAAGUGAAGUUGACAAAACUAAUGACCUUUAUGUUUUGAGCUUGGCUGCGUAUACCUUCCAACUAGCUGGCAGCACACGUGUUCAAGCAGUUCUGGACAAAUUGGAGCUAAGAGCAACUGUUAAAGGUGGACGCAAAUACUGGAUUCUACCUGAACAACCCAAGAAAAAAACUACUUUGAAUUACCCAAAUCAAACCAAAUCCAUUGACAUUGAAAUUACAUCCUAUGUUUUGUUGACAUAUGCUGUCAGAGGAAAUCUUGUUGCUGGAAAGAGUAUUAUGUGGUGGCUAGCUGAACAAAGAAACUCUCAAGGUGGAUUUCCCACUGCACGGUGUAGUAUUAUUGCUUUGAAUGCUUUAGCUGUGUUUGCUGAAAAGACUUACAGAAAUAAUUUCAAUAUGAAAAUAACAGCCAAAGUGGCUCCCCAAAAAAUGUUACAGUAUAGGAUUGACAGGACUAAUGCUCUUAUCUUACAAUCUGGAGAAGUAUCAGAUGUUCCAGCUCAAGUUCAGAUUGAAGCUACUGGUUCAGGCUUAGUUUUGGCUCAAAUUGCUGUCUCUUUUAAUGUUGAAUCAGAAAUAUUCAGAACAACAUUUGAUCUCAAAGUGACUCUAGUAGAAGAAUCAAUGAACUAUUUCAUUCUUCAGACUUGUACUAAGUGGAUUGGAAGUGAGUCUGAUAGUGUUAUGACAGUCCAAGAAAUUGGUAUUCCAACUGGGUUUGAGGCUGACCUUGAUAGCAUACCAAAUUUGGAAAAUCUGAAGCGCAUUGAAUCACAGUUUAAAAACUUAUAUUUGUACAUAGACCAGAUUGAUUCCACGCCAGUUUGUUUAACAAUGAAAGCAGUAAGAAUAGGUGUUGUCUCUGGACUACAACCAUCUACUGUUAGAGUUAUUGAUUAUUAUGAACCAAGUAACCAAGUAACAGCCUUCUAUCAGUCUCAGAUCCUUGAGGCCUCGAUUAUCUGUGAUGUCUGUAAAGAAUGUGACAACUGUUUUUAACCUCCAGUUACUUCAGCCAGUGUUGUUCAUGAUGAAAUGACUUAUAUAAUAGAGAAAUACUUCCAUUGUAAAAUAUCAGUUACUUUGUGCGUUAAAGAAGAAGAAGAGUGCAAGCCAAAGGAGAAAGAAAUAAAGUGUUUUGAAACCAGAA